AUGAAGCUUCUCACGCUCCUUGCCCUCGCGGCCACGGCCACGAGCCACGCCAUCUUCCAAAAGGUCUCCGUCAACGGUGUUGACCAGGGCCAGCUCAAGGGCGUGCGCGCCCCCUCGAGCAACAACCCGGUCCAGAACGUCAACGACGCCGACUUUGCCUGCAACAAGAACAUCCAGUACAAGGACAACAACAUCCUCACCGUGCCCGCCGGCGCCCGCGUCGGCGCCUGGUGGGGCCACGUCAUCGGCGGACCCCAGGGCUCCAACGAUCCCGACCACCCCAUCGCCGCCUCCCACAAGGGCCCCAUCAUGGUCUACCUCGCCAAGGUCGCCAACGCGGCCUCGGCCUCGUCGACGGGCCUGCAGUGGUUCAAGGUCGCCGAGAACGGCCUCAGCGGCGGCAAGUGGGCUGUCGACACGAUGAUCUCCAACGGUGGCUGGUACUACUUUGACCUGCCGACCUGUGUUGCGCCGGGCGACUACCUCAUGCGUGUUGAGCUGCUGGCCCUGCACGGCGCAAGCGUUCGCGGCGAGGCCCAGUUCUACUUUGAGUGUGCCCAGUAUGUUCCCCUGUCUUCCUCCCCUGCCUGUCCAUUUUUUCACCGUCACGUCUACCGCCUGCCAACGUCACCACAUGAGUCUGUCACAGCAUCAGCUAACAAGCCCAGGAUCCGCGUCACCGGCUCGGGCAGCAACACGGGUUCCAACUUUGUCUCCUUCCCCGGCGCCUACUCGGCCACGGACCCCGGUGUCCUCGUCUCCAUCUACGGCAACACUGGCCAGCCCGACAACGGCGGCCGCACCUACGCCAUCCCCGGCCCCAGGCCCAUCACCUGCUCCGGCAGUCCGCCGCCCAGCAGCCCGCCGCCCAGCAGCCCGCCCCCCUCGACACCUCCCCCCUCGACGCCUCCCCCUUCGACCCCGCCCCCAAGCUCGCCUCCUCCUUCGUCCGGCGGCGGCGGCUCGGCCCAGCUCUGGGGACAGUGCGGCGGUAUCGGCUGGACGGGACCUACGACGUGCGCGUCGGGCACGUGCAAGGUUUCGAGCGAGUACUACAGCCAGUGCCUGCCCUGA